CCUUGCUAGAAAAGUGGGACAGUACGAUUCAAUGGCGGGUUGAGCGAGUGAUUUCUAUUUUCAAGUAGCACGAUCGAACGAGCGAGAGAAAGGCUCCGUUACUUAGCGAGAUGAAAUGAGAAGAAUCGCGACAACUUGAUCAAUGGCUCGUCCGUACGUACGCGUUACCUCGAUGGAGAACUCUGGUAACGAUAAGCAAAACGAGUCGGAUGAUUGCGACGUGAGCGAGAGGAAACGGGAGAACGCCGAUCGAAACAUGAAAACGGAGGCCAAGGAAACGGGCACGGACCCUUUGAUAAAUAUGAAUGAGAAAAACGAGAUGAAAACACUGAAGAAAACGCUGUCGACCAACGAGGACGAUGACGACGACGAUGACGAGGAGGACGAGGAGGACGACGAUGACGAUGAGGACGAGAGAAGCAAAGAGUCCGCCGAUGAGGAGGAACGCAAGGAAACGAAAACCGAAAGUGAGAAGAAGGAGCAGGGAUCGUCCACCAGCGACAAUACAUCGACCAGUACUUCCGACGACGAAUCCGAGACUAGCUCGGAUGACAAGACCGAACCGGCCAAGUCGAAAACCGCCGCGACCGAGACGGCGCAAGCGGAAACGACAAAGGAGGAUUCGAAGGAGAGCGCGACCAAGAACGAAGACACCACGGACGACAGCGACAUCGAGGAUGAUCUGGUCUCGGCGAUCAAUUACAAUACCAUCACUUCGCUGGCGGCGCUCAAGGAUAUGUUGCAGUCCUCCGGGGAGGACUCGGACGGCGUUGACAGUUUCUUUCAUCAUUAUUUUCUGUCGCACGUGAAUCGACUACCGUCGCGAAAUCAGACGCACAGUCCGUAUCCCUGGGGCAGAAGAUUGUCCGAGUGUCGAGAGGAGGACGAGUACGAAACUGAGGAAGGCAAAAACACCGAUGGCCCAAAUACCGAAGCGAAAAAAGACGACGCGACAAAGACGCAGAGCGAGAAGGCCGACAGCGUCUCCUCCAAGACGUCGAAGGCGUCGAGCCCGUCAUCCUCGGAGAACUCGAGUUCGGAAAAGAUUGACGAAAAGUCUCUGCCGACGUCCAGUGUCUCGGAAGCUAAGCCACCUUCACCGUCGUUGUUGACGACGACAACGUCAGCGACGUCAACGGUAGCGAGCGAGCGGAUCUCGGUCGCGACUACGACCGCGACGUCAACGUCCAAGUCUGGUAGAUUUACCACGUCGACGGUGACAUCGCCUACCUCGACGACGAAGCCUCCCCUUCGGAGAAGACACACCACUGGUCCGGGCAUGACGUUUCCCGCUACGGAUCCCCCUUCGUAUUCUACCAGCAUGACCUUCUCGAGAACCAGCCCGUUACCCAGCCCGCAUCUCGACAAGAGGUUCUUCGACAGCAGCUUGAUCGAGAUGAAGAGCCAGGCGAGCAGCACCAGCACCCUCGAUUACGACUCCACGGAGGAGGUGUGGGUGCGUCGAAUGGAUUUCCUACAGGAGAGGAAACGGCGGGAACUAGGCUCACAACCACUUCCGACGAUUGUGACCGAGGACGCAGAUAAUUCCAGCCAUGUCUCUCAAGGUCAUAGGCCACGGGCGGAUACGUGGGGUUCACACUCAAAGACCAUCAGGAAGUCGUCCUAUGGCAGCGCGCCUAGUUCUGGAAAAUCGACGCCUCUUCCGCAGCCGACCGAAGCAGCGUCGAGCUCAUCCAGUUCCGGCAAGGAUGGUCGGAAGACGUCCGGCACUCGAUCCGGUUCCACCAGUCGCAGUAAUAGCCGCAGCAACAGCGUCGAACGUAGAAGAAGCGGUGGUGGUGUUGCGGAUGAGUUGACGGCCAGUCCUACGCGAAAGCCAGCGCUCUUUGACGCUUUCAGACCUAGAAGCAAGUCGGACGCCGGCAAGAGAAAACCCAGUAUUAUAGCUAAUAUGAAAAGUGCCGUUCAGCAUUCGUUGCACAGAGGAUCACACGGAAGCUCGUCGGUGGAUGUACAUACGGAGAAGGAACAUCAUCGGGACGGUCAGAAGGAACAAAGAGAGAGCAAGGAGCAAGGUGGACGACCUAGAGCUGGAUCCGAGAGCAGCAGGAAUCCCGUGAGCAAAGUCAUGGAUCUCAUCAGGCACAGAAGCCACAGUGCCUUGAGCGCGGAGGACAAACGGAAAGCGAGAGCGGCCGUGCAGCAUCAGACACAGAUAGCGUCGCAGAGUGCGCUCAGAAGAGGUUCACUGGAUCCUACGGCUCGAAGAUUGUCCCUCGGAGCUCCUGCGAUUCCUCACCGAGCGUCCGACGCUUGCCUAGAUCCGGUUCACGCUGCCAUAUUGUUCAGAGAUGCACGGGGAUUGCCAGUGGUGGAUCCCUUUUUAGAGAAAGUGUCCCUCUCCGACCUUGAGGAGGAUGAAUCGCAGAUCUUUGUUAAAUUCUUCAAGUUUCACAAAUGCUACGACCUAAUACCGACCAGCGCCAAGCUAGUCGUCUUCGAUACACAUCUCCUCGUUAAAAAGGCCUUUUUUGCUCUCGUCUAUAAUGGAGUGAGAGCCGCACCGUUAUGGGACAGUUCCCGACAACAGUUUAUCGGUAUGUUGACCAUAACGGAUUUCAUAAAGAUAUUACAGAUGUAUUACACCAGCCCGUCGGUAACGAUGGAUGAGUUGGAAGAGCACGAGUUGGAUACGUGGAGAAAGGUCUUGAAGGAUCAAGUUCAUCCCCUCGUGAGCAUCGGACCGGAUGCGUCCCUGUACGAGGCCAUCAAGACCUUGAUACAAAACAGAAUCCACCGAUUGCCUGUGAUAGAUCCCGAUACCGGAAACGUCCUUUACAUCUUGACACAUAAACGAAUACUUAGGUUCCUUUUUCUAUAUAUUCACGAGUUACCAAAACCAUCGUUUACCAAUAAAACGUUGAGAGAGUUGAGGAUAGGUACUUUUGAGAACAUAGAAACAGCUACCGAAGAGACUAGCAUAAUUUUAGCACUAAAGAAAUUCGUCGAAAGGAGAGUCUCGGCACUACCGAUCGUCGACAUCGAGGGAAAGUUAGUGAACAUUUAUUCAAAGUUUGAUGUUAUUAACUUGGCCGCGGAGAAGACGUACAACAAUUUGGAUGUUUCGCUGCGCGAGGCAAACGAGCAUCGUAAUGAAUGGUUCGAAGGUGUGCAGAGCUGCAAGUUAGACGAGACGCUGUUCACUAUAAUGGAAAGGAUCGUCAGAGCGGAGGUCCAUAGACUAGUAGUGAUCGACGAUGAGGAUAAAGUGAUCGGUAUAAUAUCCCUCUCUGAUCUGCUCUUCUACCUCGUUCUUAGGCCUUGUGGUGAGGAUGGCAGUAGCAAUAAAGGUAGUUGUAUAUCGUUGCGAGCACAGGAUUCUCUCCCGUCGAAGGCUCCGAGUUCCGCACAAUCGGAAACGUCGCUCGCUGACGGAGAAACCGAGCAAGAUGCCGCCGCGGAGCCGAAUCGCGAUCAAUCGGAAGAAGCGCCCGCGACGCCUAGUCCACCGUCGAGCCCGGUCGCGUCAGACCUCUCGGAACGAACCUCUCAAUCGACAUUAGUGAAUCAAACUCAGGAAGCGACGUGGCGGGACGUGAUAAACAUCUGUGUCUCGGGUGUAUCGGGUGGAGAGUGAGGCACGUGUUUACCGUGUAUUCACCGCACGUGUCUCGGACUGAAUCGGGAUCGGCGCUGCGUUUUGCUCGCAGCGACCCACGAAUAAUAUUACGUAUUUGUACAUCUUUUGUUGUUAUCGCUCGAGCACGAGCACGAUGUUGAUGACGCGAUCCACGAACGAAGGGUGAAGACAUGCCCGUUUCAGAAAUUUUAGCAACAGAGUGGCGCAUUAAUGGGAAAAUUUGUUGAACGUGACACGUGUUGUAACAAAUACGAUGCUCUGUAUAGUGUAUAAAGUUGUUUAAGCUUAAUUUUUUAUGGUACAAAUGCUACACUUGCUAGACGUUCGUGCUUUCCGCCAGGGACGAUAGCUGCGCCGUUAUUUGCUCGGAAUAUUCUUUAAAGAUUCUUUGCGCCCCUCUAUAAUCGAGCGCUAAAAGUAGAUUUUGUUUCAUUUACCUUCUCCGAAGCUGUAGAUAUUUGUUUCGAUCGGUCAGUUUUAAUUAGGAUACGUCAAGGUUAGAGAAGAAGCAAUUGUUGGAGAAUACACAAGUGCGACCUGUCCUCGCGUGAGGUCUUGUGGGUUUCUUUCUACAAUCGUGAUAUAUCGCCAAAUUAAAAUGUCUCUUCGACCAAUGUCCUACGUAUUUACGUCUGUCGGAACCACAUUUGUGCGACUCUUCCUUGACUCGAUCGAUUGCCGUUGGAAAUGUAGUGAGUGUUAGAGAUACCCAAUCCAAUUAAUUACUGGACCUUGCAUAAUAAAUGGAUCAUUUUAAAUACACCUCUAUGCUUGUGAAUAAGCGUGAUACUUUUACGUUUCGGAUAUUAUUAUUUCCGCGAGAUUGUGUGUAAGUCGAUAUAAUCGGUUACAAAGCUAAACGCAAGCAGCUUGAGUCUUGAAAAAUUCCGUCUCUUUUAUUCCGUUUUGAUCUUUUUCAUUAUUUUUCAUGUGUCAUUGUCAACGCACGAAGUCGAAAGGUAGAUUGCUCUGCAAAAAACAAAGCAGAAGAAACAUUUUUGCAAUCUCUUUUUUACUCUUAUAAUAUUAAAAUCAUGUAAUCGUAAUCACACACACGGUACUACGAAACGGAAGAAAAGAGCAGGCAGAGAACUCCAGUAUUGACAGGAUGCGGAUGGAAGCGUAACGAUACGUGGACAAGAUUAUUUCAGUUGUAUAUUCUCUGAAAGUGCAUAAAAAUUUAAUCUACCAAAAUGGUUUUGCCUACAUCAUAAUCUGAUUGAUAUCACCGACUGUUAUAUAUAUCUUUCCUUGAGUGUUUAUUUUGAGAGAAAAAGAAGAGUAUUGUAUAGUUAAGUAGCACGAAAUUAUCAUGUGAUAUUUAUAAAUAUAUCUAUUAUAUAAAUAAUAUUUUAAAAUACACCGAAAAGAUUAAAAUAUAUUAAAAUACUCGAACUUUAAUGUGAUAUUUGACUAAAUUCAUACAUUGUAUAAUGAUUGCUGACGAUACGACUGAUUAUUCAAGGUGUUGGGAUAAGCUUCUUGACUUGUAUCGAACAAUUUUAAUUAGGCGAGUAUCGACGCCUCGUUGAAAGAAUAAGAAUACAUUUUUUGGGCGAUUUAAUUGAAUUAAUCCGUAUUCGAUGUAUACGGAAUUAAACGAGGGCAACAGACAAAAGGGUUUGUAUUAUUUAGUAAAUUCAGCUGUAACUAUAUUAGAAUUCGUGUCAUAUCGUGAGGAGAGUUUUAAUCCACACGUUGCGAGGAAGAGGAUUUUAUUGAUUAUAAGUUUUACAUUACGAUUUUUUUUGAGCAUAGAAAGCUCCAAGAUGGAUCACGUGCAUUUUUGUGGAGAUGCUGCCGAUGAGUGUCAUUGAGCGAAACAUUCUUUCAAAACAAUUGUUGAUUCUAUAUAGUUGAGUUAGCCACCUAACCACCCAGAGUAAUUUUGUUUGGAAAUCACGUAAAUAAUCUCUUUGUUGAAGAAAAUGGAAUAUGUCCUGAAAACAAGCGAAACUUUCACUCUUGUUACUUUCUCACGUAGGAAUGCAGGUGAUGGUAGUUAAACUCGAUUUUGAAGGGGAUAGUGCCUGUAAAUGUAGCAAGUGUAUUUCUCAACACGUUGGAAUGCGCGCAUAAAUAUUCUGUUUGAGAUCUAGACGCAGUCGGGAUAUGACAAAGCUAAAACAUUAGCGUUAAUCGAUUAACGGGAGAUGUAGUAGAGAAGAUGUGUGCAGAAAUUUUUUUGUACAGCUGAAGAAUACCAUUUAAUGUGCUGUAGUCGCGAGCAUCGUUUCUUCUUUAGUACAAAAUACGCCGCAACCUUGCGAAUUGUUGCCACGUUCUCACUCCUUCUACUUGAUAAAGUUAUUAAGGAUUACGCUGUAGCCUGUGCAGCAUAUACCGCGUACUUGGCUUCGACACGACUUGUUACUUGUUGAGAGCACGUAGAAAUUGUCGAAGGAAAUGUUUAGCUUCUCUUCAGUCUACGUAACAUUAGAGAGACGAUUAAAUUCGGUGCGCGCUGCAUCUAAGAACCAAAACAAUACAAGCUAUCGAUGCGCGCUAUUAAUGAUAAAUAAACUGUAUGAUACUACCUUCGUUCCUUA